AUGGGGGGCGAUCCGGCACGCCAGCAUCGGCCGCGCCCCCCGACCGACCGCCCGUCGGCCCCCGAGCCGGAAGCCGGCAACGCCCCGUGGUGCGCGAGCCCGACGCCCGGAGGGGCAUCAAGCUCGCUGCACGGCGCAUGCCCUCCCCCGGCUCGGGCGCCAUCGUGCGGCCCGUCGUCCAACAUUCCGUCGCCGACAACCCCGGCCGCCCCCGUCGCCGGAGGAGGCGCUCGGGGUGCGCCCGGCCGUGUGCCGGGCGGGGGGAGCGAUCACCAACCCGAGCCGUGCGUGCCGGUGUCACGUCCGACCCGUGCACGUCCAUCCGACCGUCGCCGGAAACCGGUCGCCGGAGACCGGCCACCGGUCGCCGGCCGCCGGCCGAACGCUCCCCGCCCGGCACACGGUGCCCGACGCUGGGUGGGCGCCCGGGGCACCGCGGCUAGGCCACACGGCCAUCCUUGCCCGACGCCCCUCCAGACACCCUCCCCCACUAAAGAUACAUUUAGAGCAAAAUCCCAUGUGACCCCAGUAGUAGACACUCAAAAGCUGAGGAGGCAUACCAGGCACCGUGUACCCUGUGCAGGCAACAGUGGCCGAGCAGUGGCACACAGUGCCGCCCAGUCUCGGCCACAGUGGCCGGGCAGUGGGCACACGGUGCCGAGCAGUGGCACACGGGCCGGGCAGAGUGGCACACGGUGCCGCCCAGUCUCGGCCACGGUGGCCGAGCAGUGGCACACGGUGCCGCCCCCAGUCUCGGCCACAGCGCCACACGCUUCUGGCAACGUCUAG